GACGCAGAAGGAGUGGCGGAUGUGCGCGUGGGACAGUCGGUGGCCGGCGGUUGGAUGGCGCAGCUGUGCGGAGCCGGGUGGCGUCACCUCGGGCCAAGCGUGGCCAUGGCAGCCCGGGCGGCGCGCUUCUGGUCUUCAGGAUCCAGUACUGAAUCACCACAGGAGAGGCAAAAACGACUGAUGGCUCGGGGACUCCCAAAGCAAAAAGCAAUUCCUGGAGUGCAACAUAUUAUUGUUGUAGCCUCUGGAAAAGGAGGUGUUGGAAAAUCAACUACUGCAGUGAAUUUGGCUUUGGGAUUAGCAACCUUCGAAUCGCAUGUGGGACUGCUAGAUGCGGAUGUGCAUGGUCCAUCUAUUCCACGUAUGAUGAAUCUGAAAGGAAACCCAGCUUUAACAGACAGCAACUUGAUGAUACCCUUGGUGAAUUAUGGAAUUAACUGCAUGUCAAUGGGUUUUCUGGUGGAGGAAACAGCACCAAUUGUUUGGCGAGGUCUAAUGGUGAUGUCAGCAAUAGAAAAACUGUUGAGACAAGUUGACUGGGGUCAAUUGGACUACCUUGUUAUAGAUAUGCCACCUGGCACAGGGGAUGUGCAGCUUUCCAUCUCUCAAAACAUACCUAUUUCAGGAGCUGUUAUUGUUUCUACUCCCCAGGACAUUGCUUUGUUGGAUGCACAGCGAGCAGCAAAGAUGUUUCAGAAAGUUAAUGUUCCUGUUCUCGGUAUUGUUCAAAACAUGAGUGUUUUCCAAUGUCCCAAGUGCAAACAUGAGACUCACAUAUUUGGGGCUGAAGGAGCAAAAGAGCUGGCAGCAAAGCUUCAGUUAGAUGUCCUAGGUGAUAUUCCACUACAUAUAAAUAUAAGAGAAAUGUCAGAUAAAGGCCAACCUAUUGUUGUAUCUCAUCCAGACAGUCCAGAGGCUAGUGCCUAUCUGAAGCUUAGUGCUGAGGUGGUGAAAAGACUGCCAACAUCUUUUAGAUGAACAGUGAGAUGUUGCAGCCUGCAACACAAUGUGUUUGAAAUUGCUUUUUGUCUCAAUUAGGCAAGUUAAAUUCCUGCUGUGAAGACAGCUGCUGGACCAGAUUUUAGCAGGUUAAUGAAAACUGGAACACAUCAUGCCAACAGAAAAUCUUGUGACGUUAUAAUGAAUGUACUUGGAGCUAUUAGGUUUCUUAUCAAAAUCAAGAUUUAAUUGUUGGUUCUAGUGUGAAAUUACACCUUCUACUGACUACAGUCAAAUGUGUAUAUUGUGUUAUCUUAAUAAAUAUAACAUUAUUGAAAGUGCUAUUUUUCAAAGAAACUCUACAAGGAAUUAAUUAAGUAUUGCAAAAAUUUGUUUUCCCUCCUACCCAUAGUUAACAAAGGAGCUAGACGACUUAAGUUCAGUUCACUUGCUUAACUAAAUCGUGUCCUUUUGUUGUUCUAUACAACUUAAUAUGGUCUUAUUGUUGACUGCAUAAACAUUAUCUAAUAGUUAUGUCCUAAUAAUUAUUUUUGAAGACUUGAUAAAGAAGUUUUAAAUUCGCAUUUCAGAAUUAAGUGUGCAUUUUCUGACUUGGAAUAUAAAUCAUUGAAUAAUGGGUAUUAUUUUAAAUUUCCUCCUUUAUAUUUAUACCUUUGUGACUUUGUCUCUUUACAAUUGAUAUCAUUUUUGUUUUUCUUUCUUUACAUUGCACUGUCCCCAACAAUCUAUUAUUCCAAUUUUCAUGCCUAGAGAUUACAGGUCUUUUUCUGCUGAUAGUUGAUAUCAGCACAAGGCCAAAACACAUAACUCACAUAAAUAGUGUGUAUGUGUUCAAAAAUUAAAUUCUCAACUCCAACUUUGCUUGUGUCAAGGAGUUGACAUGUUUAACAUCUUGUAUUUCAAGUCACAUUAAUAUAUUUUUAAAAGUUGGACUUCAGAAAAAGCCUUUCUGAAUGUACACUAACUCCCAGAAAUGAAUUGUCACUCUUUCCUGUCGCAUUGUUUAAGAACUUAGAUAAUUUUUGUGAAAUUGAUCAUGUCUCUAUUAAGACAAUGGGUAGAAGUCAGUAAAUAGUUGAAUAGAUCUGUAUAAAACAAGAUCUUUUAAAAAUUAAGAUGACCUGCAAUGUUUUUAAGUCCUAGAAGAUGGAGAUGGAUUAAUUCUCAGGACAUGGAAGGAUGCAAUCCAUUGUCAAUGAAAUUUAUCACAAGGAAGUGUGUAUUUAGUUUUAUAGGCACAGGUAUUGGUGAGGGGGACUGUAUACAGUAUUUUCCUCCUUAAGGAAGUCUACUAAUUUUCUAAAUUGUAUUUAUUGAAUGAAUACCUGGAACAGAUGAGUUGCUUAAUGAGGAAAGAUGGACAGCCUUGGCUUCAAUUUCUUGUAGUUUAGAACAGUAAGAGGUCAUUUGAUUAAAACAGGUAAGAUCCAGAGGAUUCUAGACAUGAUGGAUGAGGGAAAAUCUAGACCUAAAUUUCAGUGUUUAAAAAUAAGUGGUUGCCCACUCAAGACAGAUGAGGCAUUUUGUUUUCUUCUUUGAAGGUUGUGAUUCACAGAACUCUUCUUUAAAUGUCAGUAGGAACUGUAUAUUGUUAAGGCAGUGGUAAAUAUUCCUGAUAAAUAUAAGGAUGAAAGAUUACUCAAGUAGAUAGGAAUGCUUAAAUGUGGUUACAAUCGGUGAGUCACUAUCUUAUUAAAUGCAGAGGUUAUGGGUGCUGCAAGGGCCUAUUUCCUAUUAAUUCAUAUGUUUCUGUGUGAUGAAUUGUUUGAAGAACAAGGAAAGCGAUGAAGGCUAAACUUUCACUUUAAAGUUGGGUUAAGAAGAAAAAGACCUUGGGGUGUUCACAGAGAAUCCUUGAAAAGACAGAAUAUGUUAAUAAAGCAUGUUAUCUGUGGUUUUGUGAAUUGCUGCAGAGUUCACAAUAAACUGGACGUUAAGCCAAUUUAAAUAACUUUUGAGUUCUAGGCACCAUAUUUUAGCAAAACUUAACAUUUUGUCAAAAUAAAAUGCAUGAUAAAAUUACAUGUAUGUUACAGCAUACUACCUUGAGAUUCAUUUGCUUAUGACACUUACAGGAAAAUAAAGAUUCAAUAGAAUUUUAUCAAAAUCUAUACAUAAAGAAAGACUGACAAACAACCAAUAUGUAUAAGAAGACAAAUUGUGCAAAUUAAAAAAAAUAGUUGUAAGGUCCUUGAAAGUGAGUCUAGCUUGUGAAAUCAGUUUAGGGUUGUGGUGAGUAAAGAUGUGCAGACUGGUUCAGGAAUAUGAUGGUUCUAGGGUAAGAACUGUUCCUGAAACUGGUGGUAUAGGAGCUAAGGCUCCUGUACCUCCUGUUUGAUUGUAGUAGUGAGAAGAGAGCACGGCCUGGAUGAUGGGGUCUUUGAUGAUAGACGCUGCAUUCUUGUGGCAGGCUCUGGAAGUUUGCUCAAUGGUGGGGAGAGUUUUGCUUAUAAUAGAUUGGGCCAUAUCUACCACUUUCUGUGUUCUUUUUGUUCCUGGUCAUUGGUGUUUCCAAUCCAGGCCAAGAUGUAGCCUGUUAGAAUACUCUCCACUGUGCAUCUAUAGAGGUUUGACAAAGUUUUCCUAAGUGGGAAUAUCUUUUUCUUUCUCUAUACACUAAUAUGUUAAAGAAAACAACAGAAUCGGAGUCAUGUGUUUUUGUUAGAUGAGUUUUUGCACAUUGAGUAUGAUACUUCACGAUACAAUCUUCACGGACCAUCCUAGUUUGAAUUAAAUCUGCUAGAUAAAGAUACUUACUUUUAUUUUGAAACUUUGUCAGUUCUAUAUAUCUUUUCACAUCUUUUUGUUUUCUGGUUAUUUUAGCACAUGAUCUGUUCUUUUAAAAACCUUCUGCUGUUGAUCUUGAAGUGUCUGACUCUUUGACAUUUGCAAAAGGUCACAAGGUUUUCCAAAACUCUCAAUAGAUUGUCUUUCUGUAUUCAUUAAGUUGGUUCAUUUCUUUUGUUUUUCUAUUCAAAAGACAAUCCAUUCAAUGGAAGCAACCAGUGGAAAUAUACUGUAUCCUUUCAAAAUAAGGUUUGGUUCCUCUUCAAGGCUGCCUUAGAGCAGAUCGAUACCCAAACAAAAUUAAAUAACCAGUUUAUUUUAAGAAUACUUGUCUAUCUUUUGUUCCAUAGUUUAAUGAAGUGCAGUAUAAAAAUUAUACAGGAAAUAUUUUCAGCAGUCAGAUAAUAGAUAGUGGCCGGUAAUUUUAAAAAUAACUUAUUCAUUGUUCCUUGUGGUAAAUUAAGGCAAACUAUUGUUAGUAAGCAUGAGAUUAUAAACAUUUCUUAAUCAGCUCCCUUAGUUGGCUGGCUGUUUUUAGAAACAAAACCAGAAAAUACUGGUAACACUUAACAGUCCAAGUGACAUCGGUGGAAGGAGAAACAGAGUUAAUAUUUCAGAUUCUCCAUUGGAACAGAAAU